AUGGACCAUACUCCCAUGGCGAGAGAUAGCGAUGCAUCUGAUGGCUCGAUCCCUCUUCGUCUCUUCCCGUCCGACCUCACCGCCCGCUCUUUGUCCGCCCCCUUCAAGGUGGAUGAAGGCUAUGCGGACGAUACGCGAAGUCAGGCGGAUAAGGAGCUCUUGCGCUCUCCCUCAGACGAUGUGAUGUCCAUUCCAGACUGGGUCCUUGCACAUAGCGAGGCUGAAAGGGCCGAAAUCGCCUAUAGCCUCCUACGUACUCUGCGCACAUCCACUGUCGCCGCAGUUGUAGAGCGACUGUCUCCGCUAUUGCACAUGGACCCCGUUCUCAGACUGCCGCCGGAAAUCACCGCGGAGAUAUUCUCCUACCUCGACCCCCAGACCUUGGUGACGGCUUCUUUGGCCUCCCGCGCGUGGCGAGAUCGGAUAUCCGAUUCCCGCCUAUGGAAAGAACUAUAUAUCGACGAAGGAUGGCGCGUUGACAUCGAUGCGAUCCGCGCUUUCGAACAGGAGCACUCUGGGUUCCCAUCACCACAAUCUCGGAAAUCACGUUCGAGGUACGCGGAUACGGACCUCGGGGAGCCCAAGCAGAAGAAGCGUGUACCAUCAGGAUGGCUCGACUCCCGCGCUCAAGCGUCGGAGGGCAAUGGUUCGAGCACGUUGGGACUCAAUCAACAAGGGCAUGCAAGAUCGGAUAGGGAAGGCGACCAUCUAAUGUCUGAUGCGGCGGAUGAUCGCAGCACACUCUUUUCUAAAGAAACAGAAGACGGGUAUGGACAUGAGUCUACGCAGGAAAUAUCUUCGCCCACCAUUGAACGAGCACCAUCGAAAACCACCCAUUCACCUCUCCUCCUUCGAAUGCCAAACGGUUCCGCUAAGAUCAACUGGCCCUACCUCUUCCGACAGCGCAGGCGCUUGGAAGACAACUGGGCGAAAGGACGAUUUACGAAUUUCCAACUUCCGCACCCCUCGCAUAUGGAAGAGGCCCACCAGGAGUGCGUAUACGCUAUCCAGUUCGUCGGAAAGUGGCUCGUCAGUGGUAGCCGAGAUAGAACUGUUCGAGUUUGGGACUUGAACACCAAAAGACUCUGGCACCGACCCUUGAUCGGGCACACAAAAUCAGUUCUGUGCCUCCAAUUUGACCCUCGCCCUUCCGAAGAUGUUAUUAUAUCUGGGAGCAGCGAUAAAAACGUCAUUGUCUGGCGAUUUUCUACAGGCGAGAAGAUACAUGAAAUUGCGCCUGCACAUGAUGAUUCUGUUCUAAACCUCAGAUUUGAUGAACGAUACCUUGUUACCUGUUCAAAGGAUAAACUCAUCAAGAUCUGGAAUCGAAAGAAUCUGUCAGCGGCUGAUAAGGACUAUCCUAGCGUCCAACAGGGGUCGGGGGUUCUGUACCCAUCAUAUAUCGUGGACACAAGUGAGAUACCAUCUCCCGUUCUGGAAGCAGAGAUCGCCAAGAACCAUAUCCGUACCCUGGCGCCGUUCUCUCUCCUGAUGACACUGGUGGGCCACACCGCUGCUGUCAAUGCUAUUCAAAUAGACGGGGACGAAAUUGUCUCAGCUUCGGGCGACCGAUUGAUCAAAGUCUGGAAUGUCCGCAAUGGCGCUUGCAUGAAGACCUUUGUAGGGCACGACAAGGGUAUAGCAUGCGUUCAAUUUGAUAAUCAGCGAGUCGUCAGUGGGAGCAAUGAUAACACAAUCCGGAUUUUUGACCACGCCUCCCGUGCAGAAGUUGCCUGCCUACAUGGCCACGCCGACUUGGUUAGGACCGUUCAAGCCGGCUUCGGCGACCCCCCGGGCUCAGAAGAAGCCCUGAAACUGGAAGCCUUAGCAGUUGACCGAGAUUUCUGGAAUGCCCAAAGUUCAGGCGAGGCGGUUGAUCUAGGUCCCGCUGCCCUACGACGAGCCGGCUACCUCCAGAACACAGCCGGGUCCCGCAACCCUCGAGACAUCAAGGCACUAGGUGCCUCUAUUCCGCCAGGAGGCGGCGGCAGCAAAUGGGGAAGGAUUGUAUCCGGCUCUUAUGACGAGUCCAUUAUCAUCUGGAAAAAGGACCGGAAGGGCCAAUGGAUCGUUAGCCAGAAACUGCGGCAAGCUGAAGCGGCCGCUAAUGCCUCUUACAUUGCACACUCGAACACAUCAUCCUCACGCUCAGGCCCCGGAAAUGCCUUUGCCCUCGCUCAGCAAGCUGCACAGGCAACGCAAACCCAGGGGCCUUCUAACUCCUCACAACCAUCAUCCUCUACCUUCGUCACACAUGCCCUCAACAACCUUCAACAGGGCAACUCAAAUCCGAACUCCUCUUUCUCAACGACACCCCAACAAACAGAGCCCCCCAACCGCCCAACUCCACCCCCGGGCCCGCCCCUAACGAGCCUCCUCGCAGCCGCCAACUACUAUACACACCCACGCGCCCGCCUCCUCGCACAAGCCGCGACUCCAACAAGCCGGAUCUUCAAGAUCCAGUUUGACGCUCGCAAGAUUAUCUGUGCGAGUCAGGACUCACGCAUCGUGGGGUGGGAUUUUGUCGGUGCAGACGAGGAGCUCGAAGAGGCUUGUCAGUUCUUCAUGGGAUUAUAG